CCGAGCAGCUGGAACAUUUCUGUACCGUAAUAACCUGAUCACAUUCACAACCUGAUCAUAUUUCUAUAUUCUACAGGAUUUCUCUACCAAAUCCCAACGUGUUAUAAAAGGAUGGCACUUUGGUACCAGAUUCAGCAGCUGGACUCAAGAUACCUGGAGCAAAUCGGCCAGCUCUAUAAUGAUACGUUCCCCAUGGAGAUUCGUCAGUACCUCAGCCAGUGGAUUGAAAGCGUUGACUGGGACACUGUGGCCCUUGAUGAGUCUUUAGCAAGGGUGCGUUUCCAUGACCUCCUGAGUAAGCUGGAUGAGCUCUACAGUCGCCUGAACCCGAGCAGCAACUUCCUUCUUCAGCACAAUAUCCGCAAAAUACAGCGCAACCUACAGGAGCACUUUCAGGAAAAUACAGUGUACAUGGCUAUGAUUAUAUCUAACUCUCUGAAAGAGGAAAGGGGGAUUCUGGAGUCAGCCAUGAGAUCACAGGAAAAUACAGACUCACCCAAAGGCAAUGUUGUAAUGGAGAAGCAGAAACAGCUGGACAACCAGGUGAACGAGCUGAAGAAAAAAGUGCAGGAAACGGAACAGGAUAUUCAGGUCAUGGAGGAUCUACAAGACGAGCACAACUUCAAGACAAAAACUUUACAGAGUAGAAUGGAGAUCGAAGCAAAUUCACAAAUAGCCAAAGAGAUCAAGUUGGAGGAGUUGAAGAUCAGAGAAAUGUUCCUUAAGCUGAACAAAAUGAGAGAGGUAAUAGUAAUGGAGAUAUUAAAUGCAUUAAAGUUAGCAGAUCUGACCCAGAGCACGCUCAUAUCAGAAAAACUUCCCGAGUGGAAGCGGAGGCAACAGAUGGCUUGUAUCGGUGGUCCGCCAAAUGCCUGUCUGGAUCAGUUACAAAACUGGUUCACCACAGUAGCCGAGUGUUUGCAGCAGAUCCGUCAUCAGCUGAACGCGCUCCAGGAGCUGGUGCUGAACUUCACCUACGACAAAGACCCCAUUGCUUUGAACAUGAGCUCACUGCAGGAGCAGGCGCUAUCGCUCUUCAAACACCUCCUCAUCAAUUCUGUGGUGGUGGAAAGGCAGCCGUGCAUGCCCACGCAUCCGCAGAGACCUCUGGUGCUGAAGACGGGUGUGCAGUUCACAGUUAAAAUCAGGCUGCUGGUCAAACUACCAGAGUUAAACUGCCAGCUAAAAGUCAAAGUCUCCUUCGACAAGGAUUUAACAGAAAACAAUAACGUCAAGGGAUUCCGUAAGUUUAAUAUUUUAGGAACCAACACUAAGGUCAUGAAUAUGGAGGAAUCAAACGGCUGUCUGUCUGCUGAGUUCCGGCACUUGCAAUUGAAGGAAAAGAAAAUCGUUGGAACUAAAACUGAGUCUCCUCUUCUCAUCACGGAGGAACUUCAUUCCAUUACCUUUGACACUCAACUCGACCAAGGAGAUAUUUCUAUUGAUAUAACGACGACUUCACUUCCUGUAGUGGUGAUAUCUCAUAUCAGCCAGCUUCCAAGCGGCUGGGGCUCCAUCCUCUGGUUUAACAUGCUCUGCACUGACAGUCAGGAGCUUGCGUUUUUCACGAACCCUCCCCCGAUGAUGUGGGGAGACCUGGCGAAUGUUCUGAGCUGGCAGUUCUCCUCCGUCACUAAGAGAGGCCUUAACACGGACCAGCUGAGCAUGCUCGCAGAUAAACUACUGGGUCCCGAGGCUGCAGGAGACCCGAACACUCCCGUCUACUGGAAUAAGUUCAUUAAGACGGCAGCGAAUGAGAGAGCCGUCGCCUUCUGGCUGUGGAUUGAUGGGAUUCUGGACCUCAUCAAACGAUGUCUCCUCAACAUCUGGAACGAUGGGUACAUAGUGGGCUUUAUUAAUAAAGGAAAGGAGAAAACUCUGCUACAAGACAAACGUCCAGGCACUUUCCUCCUGCGCUUCAGUGAAACGUGUAAAGACGGAGGAAUCACCAUCACCUGGGUGGAGCAGGCCCAUAACGGUGAACCCCAAACCCACUCUGUGAAGCCCUACAGGAAAUCGGAUUUAGUCAACCUGUCUUUUGCCGACGUGAUACAGAACUACACACUAAUGGAUGCAGAGAACAUUCCAGAAAACCCUCUGCUCUACCUGUAUCCGGACAUCCCUAAAGACGUCGCAUUCGGACGCUACUACAGCAACACCAUAGACGCUUCAGAAGACAUGGACGUCGACAAACCGAUUACGCCGAGUCCGUAUGUGGACAGACGGAUAAUUCCAGUGUCAGAAGUCCCAGACGGAAGACUUCAGGAGAGAAUCCUGCCCUUGAGUCAGGAGGAAUUCGGAGUGCUACAGCAUAUUAACAAAAACAACGGAAUGGACAAUCUGUGUGAAGGUUUCCCGAAUUAAAGGCAAAAAAAUCAGCGACACGUCCGUCUUCAUCCUCCAGCUUUCCUUAAACGGCGAGUUUUCGUACGAAUGGGGCUCAUACAGUGUAUUAUCUUAAUGAAGUGUGUGUGUGUGUGUGUGUGUGUGUGUGUAAGUUUUUACAUUGCUUGGGUGAAUUUGACUUCUCGCAGCUUUAUUUAAUAUUGUACAUCUGACAAAAAUUAUACAGACCUGUAAUAUAAAAUAGCUCUGAAUAAUAGAAUUAGCACACACUCUGAACUGUCAAGUGUUACAGUAUCUGUGAAAUAAAAUAAGAUUUCACACACAUCAAAUAAUGAUUAUAUAUCAGUUUAUUUUUAUUCAACAUCCUUAUUGUUACCCAACAUCCAAUUUCUUGAAAUAUUAAAUGUGAAAUUGUUUUAAAAA